AUGAGCCUAACUUCACGUCUUUCGAAUUGGUUCUCCUCAGACAGCUCCGUCGGAAAUCCUGCGAUCGGAGUCCAGCACAAUGGCUAUGCGGAACCAGACUUUGAUCUCGACGGCGCACGACAGAAUAAACGGCCGCGGACAAUGGAGAGACUGGAAGAGGAGGAGACCGACUUGGAGCUGAAAAGACCCCCAUACCUCCAUUCGAUGCUUGCCGGAGGCAUAGGCGGCACGACAGGCGAUAUUCUCAUGCAUUCUCUAGAUACUGUAAAGACGAGACAGCAGGGAGACCCUCACUUCCCCCCGAAAUAUGCCUCAUUGUCCGACUCCUACAUCAAGAUCUUCCGGCAAGAGGGAGUUCGAAGAGGUCUCUACGGUGGCUUUACUGCCGCUAUGUUGGGCUCCUUCCCAGGCACAGUUAUCUUCUUUGGGUCAUAUGAAUAUUGCAAGCGACAUAUGCUGGAUCGUGGUAUCAACCCGUCUAUAUCAUAUCUCGCCAGUGGUUUUCUUGCCGAUCUUGCGGCGUCCAUCGUGUACGUUCCGUCCGAAGUGCUAAAGACCCGAUUGCAACUGCAAGGUCGAUAUAACAACCCUUUUUUCAAUUCCGGAUACAACUACAAGUCAACGUGGGAUGCAGCGCGGACAAUAGCUAGGACAGAAGGAUUUGGAGCACUAUACUCCGGAUACAAAGCCACCAUUGUCCGCGACCUACCGUUCUCGGCACUGCAGUUUGCAUUUUACGAGCAGGAGCGCAGAUUUGCUCAGAGCUGUAUGGAAACUCAAGAUAUUGGAUUGGGACUGGAGAUCUUCACUGCUGCCUCGGCGGGUGGUGCGGCGGGUGUUAUAACCUGCCCACUUGAUGUUGUAAAGACCAGGACACAGACUCAGAUCAGCCCGAAUCGUGCGAAAAACAGCCAGACUUCACAUCGAGAAACCCCAACCACAAGCAGCCAGAAAGCGGGCGCCAAAAAUCCGACGCAGACAAGACUGAUCCAUUCGGGGCCCCGAACAGUGCCGCAUACCACUCCUACACUCGACACCUCUUCUGUCGUGGAAGGUCUACGCAUGAUAUAUAAAACUGAGGGUGUUGCCGGCCUGUUCCGUGGAGUUGGACCCAGGUUUGUUUGGACGAGUGUCCAGAGUGGAACGAUGCUUGUCCUGUACCAAUAUUUGUUGAAACAAAUGGAGCAGUUUCGAUCUCAAGAAGGGACGGGAGUGAUGUGA